GUUGCUCCAACAAGCAAGAGAGAAAAAGCAGAUGUCAGAAAGACAGAGAGGUGAAUUCAGUAAAUGCUUGUCACACACGCCCAUCAGUCAGCAGUCUAUUUCCUUUUCUGAACUUCAGCACACAGCAGAUAUAUGAUCACCCAGGCAACACCGCCUCUACAUGUGCAGAUCAAUGGAAAAUGAGGCUUAUUAGGGUCUUCGGUGUUUUAUGUAAGUUUUCAAGUGUUCAAUUCUGUGAUUUAUUUUACAUACAAAGAAUAUUUGAGUGUAACCGUAAACAUGACUGAAUGUUUGUUUUGAUUUAUGACAGAUUUUACUGCUGUUUGUGCAGCUCAAGAUUCUCAAAAUGGUAAGAGACAUGCUUUACAGACAUUAUAAAAUAUCAUGCAUAUUAAACUCGUUUUUUAACUGUGUUUUAAAACUAAAUUGUAUAUUUUAAAACAAAAACAACAUUGAGCACACAGUGACUUUGACCAAAUAUACACAACAAAAGCAGAAUUAGAGGUAAGAGACUCAAAUUAAAGGUUAAAUUUCAUUAAAAAAGUAACCACUUUCAUCCUCUUACAUGUUAUACUUUAAUUAUGAGGAAUUACAAAAUAAGAUUUAAUAGGAAGUAGAACAUGUGCAGAUCAGCAUGAGGAAGUACUUUGUUAUGAGCCUGACUGUCCCAGCACUAAAACACCUCUUACUGCACGUUUAUCGUGCUCCUGUCUUUGACUCCACAUUUAGAUUUUGAGUUUUCUAAACCAUACCGUCUGUUUGAUGAACCUGAUAACUUGCCAUCCAGGAGUAAGACUUGUGUGAUUUCUAGUUUGUGUUCUGCUUAAUCCUUUUUUUAGUUUGUGAGUUGUAUAAGACCCAGAAGUGUCUGAGACGUCAAGUGUUGCUGCUAAAAUGUCUACAACCUACGCAACCUCAUGUGCCACAACCCCUCUGUGAAAUUGUGUAACAGAAAUUAUAUAAUGUUCAAUGUGAGUGGGUUAAACUACCCGGUAAAGGCGGUUUCAUAAUGCAAAAAUAUAGCUCUGAUUUGGUGUAGGCUUUUUUAAGUUUUUUGUCAUGAUGGUCAGAAAACUGUGAUUAAUUUCUGUUGUGUGGAUGUGUUCAAACUGCUUGUCUCCAUCCAUCUAUUAGCCUUGAAUUCAAAUAUCCAACUUGCAGUUAUUGAGGAGGGGGAAAAAAGAUGUUUACAGUAAUGAGAUGAAAUACAUGAAUUUGCUUGACAUUUUCUGGAAGGACUAAGGCCGUUCCUUUGGUGCAACUUGAAUCUAAACAUGAAGGUAAACCGUCAGUGAUUGUUGUGAAAUCAUGUCUUCUCUCUCGUCCACCAGCUAACCUCACUCUCGGAGACGCUUCUCCACCUACAUCUUUGCCACAAGAGACUACAACUGGCUACGGUAAGAAUUUAAUCUCAGUUUUGCUGCUAAAAUAUUACCUUAAAAAUUAUUACGAGCAUGCUUCUACAUUUAAAGCUCAAGUUUUCCUGAAAAAAUCCUCAUACAUAUAUGUAUAUGUUUUCAUUUUCUUCUUCCUUUAACCAAUCAUUUACCUGUAACUGAGUCAUUCAUCAGGUAACUUCAAAUUUCCAAUGUAGAUGUGUGAGAAAGAUGAUAUAUGUUAAGCCACAACUCAUCAGGCUGUGAACCGGUAGUAGACAACUGUGAAAUCAGCAUAGGCGUUGUCAAAAAGUUCCCAUGUUCUCAUUUGUUUCCUUUUUUUACUCUCUGCACUUGUUUGCAGAGAUGAAAUCAUGACUGAAUUCAAAGUUUAUCAAAGUGACAGUGUGAUAAAAUCGUUCAUCUGAGAGAAUGUCAGUUGACUGGAUGUACAUCUGUCAUUGGCAACAUGUUUUGAAUAAAUAUAAUCUCAACUAUAUUUUCAGUGCCUCCUGUGCCAUCUCUGCAGCUCCAGUCGCCCUGGUCUGAUGUGUUUCCCGGUGAAAAGGUUGAGUUCAGAUGUAGUAUCAAUGAUAGCUCUGACUGGAGUUUCAUCUGGCUGAGUAACAAAGGGGAAGUCACAGAUUCAGAGCCAACUGUGUCUCUGUCUGCAGACCGAUCAGUUCUCACAGUCACUGCAGUAAAUGGAAAAAGUCUUGUAAGUUACACCUGUAAAGGUCGACACAGAAAAAAAGUCAUUUUCACUCCAGGAAGCAAUACAAUCCAACUAACAGUUUAUUGUGAGUAUUAUAUUUCAUCAAUCUUUUAUGUGCUUAAUGUCUAGAUAAGACAGCAAAACUAGAGAGGGAUUUUUUUCUCUCUCUUUCUGAAUAGCAAGCAAGCCCAGACCCACUGUAACCAAAUCACCAAACUUUAACACGAUGUACCCUGGAGAGUCUGUCACCUUCACCUGCGUGGUCCAUGAGUCCUCUGGAUGGGAGUACACAUGGUUUCACAACAAUAAACAAAUUGAAAAAUCUAAAUCUUUCACCAUAAAGUCAAUUGAUCAUUCUAAGAGUGGAAACUAUCACUGCCGAGUCAAGAGAGGAGAAUUUGACUCAGAGAGCAGUGCACCACAAACUCUGCAGGUGUCUGGUAAGCAUACCUCUGAAUUACCUUAAUUUGUUAUUUUAUUAUUAUUAUCAUUAUUAUUAUCAUUAUUGUUGUAGUUGUUAUUAUUAUUAUUAUUAUUAUUAUUAUUAUUAUUAUUAUUAUUAUUAUUAUUAUUAUUAUCAUUAAUUAUUUUAUUUAUAGACCCACCAACACCCACUCUGAAGCUGGAGUCACCCUGGCCGGAUGUCUUCCUAGAAGAGGUAGUGGCAUUUAGCUGUGACGUUGGCAACCCUGACUGGGUGUUCACCUGGUACAGAAAUAACAAAAAGGUGGAGGCUGACGAUGUCCUGACCCUGGAUGAUGAGGGAACACUGCUGAACAUCACAGUGGUCUCUAAAGAACAUGAAGGAGAAUACGCCUGCAAAGCUCACCUUGAUCAACGGGCUGUCAGCUCAGGGUUCAGCAAGACAGCUAAUAUCAAAGUUUACGGUAUGUUUCGGGGACUUUAAGCUCCUAUGAUAAAUUUCUAACCUGUUGCAAUGGAAUAAAUAUUGAUGCCUUACACAAUCUACAAAAUUAAGUUCAUUGGUGACAAGGUUGAUCCUGUCUGUGUAGUCAUUUUUAGAGCUUGUAACCACUGCUGCUGCAUAGGUGUCAAAGUGAACCACAGCAUGUUGCACAAACAGCCUACCUUUGCAUUUUCACCGCAAAGUCACAGUUUGUGAUACAUUUGACUGCUAAAAUUCAGCAGGGUGAGAUAUUUUGAUCAGAAAAAAUCACUUUCAUGUAAGAAUAUCAGCAAAGACAUUAGAGGAGCCACUUUGUCCACAGAGGUACCAAAAUUAACACAUUCAAAAUUAGUUUGAAGAGCUUUAACUUUUAUACUAUACAAACUAUGCAUCCAUGGUUUGCCUUGGGCCAGUGUGCUUUUUGUGUUAUGAGUAAGAUGAAAUAUGUCAUGCUAAGUAUAAGGCUGAGGGGGUUCAACAUGCUGCAAAGGGGCUGCUGGGCUGCCUGCUUCGAGGAGUCAUAGAAAAUCUUCCAUUUUAAUUAUGCUGCCUAAGAAUGGUUUCAAGUAACCAAUAACUGUAGGGAGCUAGGAGAGUAUACUGAGUCAGAGCUAACAAAAUCACAUGGUAUAAAUAUACCAAACUGAGUGAGGAGACACUUAUUUUUUAUCACUUUUAUUGGCCUGGUAGAGCAGGACCCUUCAGGCCAGGGGCAUCAAAUCAAUAUUGGAAUUUUUAAAAAGUAGAUGCAAGACUUUUCAUAAGCAUGUCAAAAUGCUUUCACCAAGAUGCACAUCUCAAAAAUCCAAACACAUAUUCUCUGUUUAAAAUAAAGAUGAUGCUAAACUCCAUCAGUCAUAAUAAUUCAAACUGACUCAGGCUUUUUACAGUGUUGCACUCAGCCUACAUGGUGUAAACUCUCCUCUUGUUUCAGAUAACAUACCAAAACCAACUCUGCGUAAGACUCCUGGUUUUGACCCCAUGUAUGUUGGAGAAACUGUGAACUUCACCUGCAAGGUUGAUGUGUCUACUGACUGGGAGUAUCACUGGUACAAGGAUACAUAUGAUCAGCCUAGGAGUGACCAACCCACCAGUUUCCCCGUUGGUCUUUCGGAUAAAGGAAAGUACAUGUGCCAGGCCACCAGAGGCAAAACAACAUCGACUGAUUUUAGUGAUGAAAUACAUCUGAAUGUGCAAGGUGAGUGAACGAACAAAGCAGUAACGUGGUUUCAGUGAGCACAUGGAAAACUCUUUGGUGUCAACUAAAUGCUAGCGUUUUGUAGUUUUUGUUCAAACAAGAUGGCAGUUUGUGUUGUCCUGGUCUUAAGUGAUUAAUAAACCAAACAAGCUGCUCUUGAAUGCAGAGCCACCACAUUUAGAAACCUUUUUAAAGUUCUUGUACAUUUUCUAUUGAAACAGGAUGUUGUGGUCAGGCAUAGCAUAGGGACGGAUGCUCACAACUAUGCUCACGUCAAAGUGGCAAUGGCAGAGAAAGAGAGAGGAUGAUUCAUAGAAGGAUGGAAAGACCUGGUGUGGUGUACAAAGUUAAAGAUGUUAUUUUGAAUGAAGCCCAAGCUCACUUCCUUUAAGAUAAGGGUGUAUCCAGAUGCUAAUGACGGUGGUGGCACUGCUGAGGAACUUACAUAGGCAGGGGUGGCUGGUGUAUGUGUGUCCAAACCCACAAAGUAACAGCAUUUACUCUUCCUGCCUUCACUGUCGACAUAAACUACUCUAAUAUUAGUAUCAUACAACUGUUGUAUUUAUGCGUGUAUAUUUUUGUACUUUAAAGACAAAUGCAAAAGAAAAGAAAGAUAUUUAUCUUAAAGGUUUUAGACUUUAGACUGUGCUACAUUUAAAGAAAGCUGCCUGUUAACACAUCAAAAACACUUUAUUUAUACAUAAUUCCUUUGACAAGCCACUCAUAAUUUAGGAUUUAAGGAUGGCACUCAGAUUUUAAGGAGGGCGGUGUCACCCCUCUGGAUGUGCCCAAGCUUUAAGACUGUUUAAUGAUCUGCGUGUUCUCAUUUGUUUACCAGAUUGAUUAAAUUUAACCCUCAAACUUCUUCAUGUGGCUAUGUCAAUUUGCUUUAGCCAGUGAUUGUUCUUAUAUAUUUAGAAUAAGAUGAAAAUUUACCUAAGAAAUUAGUCUGGCAAAAGAUUUUUUUUUUUCAGUGUUCAAGUAUGUAAGAUCUCUGAUAAUGUGACUGGGUCCUUUUCCUCAUGACUUGAUUGUGUAAGAUCAGUUUAGUUAGAUGUCUUGUUCGGUCCAACAUACAGCUGUUUGUAAAACCUGAUACACUCAGUUUAUUCUUGAUGUCUAACUGGACUGAUGCUGAUCUACUUCUCUCUCUAUAUAGAAAUCCCCACUCCAUCUUUGACGUCAAAUAAGCAAUGGUUAGAUUUGUUCCCUGAAGAGAGUGUGAAGCUGAUGUGUAGCAUGAACAGCGGCUCUCACUGGACUUACACCUGGUCCAGGGAUGGACGGGAGGUCAGAGCCAGUGGUGCCGGCUCUUCUGACCUGAGCGGGGCCACUCUUUCCAUCGACUCUGCAUCAGCUGGGGAUAAAGGACAGUAUCAGUGUAAAGGACACCUAAAAGAAAGAUCUGUCAGCAGCAGCUCUAGUUCUGGACUAAAUCUAAUGAUACAUGGUAAAUUUUCCUUUUUCAGUUUAGAUUCAUAGUGAAAUCUUACUGGACAUAAUAAUGACAUAUUUCUUCCCUCAGAUGAGAAACCCAUUGUAACACUGACCCGGGAUCCUGACUACACGGUGAUGUACCCUGGGGAGUCGGUGAACUUCAUGUGCAACAUUAAUGUCUCCUACGGAUGGGAAUACCUGUGGUUCAAAGAUAAAACACCACUUCCUGAAAAUGGUACUCAGUAUCUAGUCACCUUGAACAGCAUAGCAGAUACAGGAUCAUAUACAUGCAAAGCAAAGAGAGGUGCUGCACAAGUCUUCUCCACUGCAAACAGUCGGGCUUUACACCUUAAAGUUGGAGGUAUAGUUCUGAUAAGCUCCUUAUACUCCUUCUACUACUACUAGAGAUGGUUUAAAAAAAUACUCACAUUUCUUUUUUGUGUUUCAGCCAGCAAGCCCAAACCCUCGAUGACACAAAACCCAAAUGUUAAAAAGGUGUAUGUCGGCGAGACAGUGACUUUCACGUGUGAUGUUGAGGCCCCAUCUGAAUGGAAGUACCGCUGGUUCAAAAAUGACACCCAACUACUUCUAGACAGAAGCAUGCAUACCUUUAAUGCUACUUUAUCAGACACCGGGACUUAUAAGUGUGAGGCCAUAAGAGACAAAACACGGUACUCCUCAGAGUACAGCGAUAAGAUGUCGUUACUCGUAUCAGGUGAGUUAAAGUGUACAGUCUUCUUCCAGAAGAAAAUAUGAGCAUCUUUUUUUUUUUUUUUAAAUGUAUGAAUUGUUUAAAAAAAUUGGCAAAGAUAAUAUCUUGAAUAACUGAAGACAGGGGGUGAUUUGUCUGAUUUGCGACAGAAAUUCCUGCCCCAUCUACAAAGUUAAAAACACAGUGGUUGGAUGUGUUCCCCUCUGAGAGCGUGAAGCUGAGCUGUGAGAUGGAUGGAAGGACAGAAGUCAGCUCAGACUGGAGUUACACCUGGUACAAAGACGACCAGAAGGUCCAGAAUGAUGAUAAUAUAACUUUUAAACAGGAUGGAGGAACUCUUUCCAUCAAGUCUGCUUCAACUUCACAUCGAGGACGCUACAGCUGCUCAGCAAAACUCAAGAGCAGAUCUGUUUACAGCAGCAAGAGCUCUGGACUGACUCUUGAUGUGUAUGGUGAGGUUUUUUCUUUCUUUCUUUCGUUUCUUGAUUUGGGGUUUUGUUGUGAUCAUUUUGAUUCUAAGGCAGGUAGUUUGUUGUAUCGCAGAAAACCAAACACUCUGACAAAAAUGUGAGUGGAAUCAAUCUUGUCAGUUGAGUGUAAAAAGUAAAUAAGAAUGUUUUAACAAAAUUUUCCAUUACACACACAAAAAAAUAAACAAUAAAAAACAUCUAAACCUGGUGACAAAGCCUGCCUCUAGCAAAUCAAAAGGCUGUCACUGUAAAUGCUUUUAGACUAGCGCCUCCUCACUGUUGGCUUUGAUUUGUUUUGUACAUUCAAAUAUUGCCAUACUGAUGAAAUUGCUUUUUUCUACCCCAUAGAUACAAAACCCCUAGUCACACUGAUACAGAAGCCGAAAUUCAGUGACAUGCACACUGGAGAUUCAGUCUCCUUUAGCUGUCACAUCAAUGUCUCAACUGGAUGGGAAUACCAGUGGGUAAGAAACAAUGGUGGGCUUCCUGAAUCAGGAAAAAACCACACUAUUACAUCUGUUUCAACAUCAGACUCUGGAUCAUACAAAUGCCGGGUCAAAAGAGGAAAGGGUGCGGUCUUUGAGUCAGAGUAUAGCGCUGUGCGAGAAAUCCAAGUCGAUCGUAAGCUUCUUUUGACUGUUAUCUUACAUUUUUCUUAGUGUGCAAGCAUUGAAUUAGUUAACCUAACAUAAAUCUGUUUCUGCAGAGCGCCCAAAGGCUACUAUCAUCUUGUCAACUGGCUGGUCUGAAGCCUUCUCCUCUGACAGCUUGGUGCUCAGGUGUGGUGUGGAAAGCAAGUACCAGUGGAACUACACAUGGUAAUUCAGAACAAAACAAAAGCAGCAAUUUGGAUGAGAUCAAGUUCAUCUACAUGUGUGCUGUUUUAACUUUCUCCUUUCUGAAAAUUCAAACUCACAAACUGUACAGGUACAAAGAAGGCAAUCCAAUCCAAAACCACACAUCUGAGAAAUACAAAGUCACGCCCCAGAACGACCCCAAACAGAGUCAGUACACUUGCGAGGGCAUUCGCAACAGCAGACCAACUUAUUCAGAACGAAGUGACCAAUUCAAGACCAGUAAUCUGCGUAAGUAUAAAUGAAUCCUGAAAAAACUGAGCUCACCCUGCAAAUGUAUGUCCCGACUUUAAUCCCUGUUUUAUUUUUUAUUCUGUAGUCUUGAAGAGGAGGGUUCUUCUUUCCAUUUCCGGCGUUAUCCUCUUUGGGAUCAUUGCUGUUCCCUUGGCGUGUAUCAUUUGCAGAAUCUUCCGCAAACCAGGUUAUGUUCAAGUUUUUAUGGGCUUGUGUUUCUAUGUAUAUUGUAAGGCGACCUUGAGUGCCUUGAAAGGCGCCCUAACAAAUAAAAUGUAUUUAUUAUUAAAUACAGUCAGGGACUAGCUGGCAAACAAAAACAAGUGUUUAUCAGAUGAGCUGACAAAGUCCAGGCUAAAUAUGAACUGAAUAAAGGAACUCAAGAUAACAAAUUUAGAAAUGUAAAAAUAAUAAUGAGGUUGCUCUUUCACUGCCACCAUAGGUGUAUAAAAUAGACACCAUGAUAAAAACAUCACAAGAUCUCUCAAAGAUUUCUUAUCUCACACUCUCUGUCGGUUAGAGAACUAACUGACCUGUCGACUUUUCUCAUCACACAGCUGACGAGGAAGACAGAACGGAGGAGGUAGACCUGUUUCUCACCAUGGCUCAGCAGAAGGGUGCUGGUAUGUUGAUAUCAUCUAACAUAGCUUGUGGUUUUGGGUGCAGUUCCCGCAAAUGCUGCAAAAACAGCCCCACCAGAGAAUCAUAGGGAGCUAUAUUUAAAAUUACAGGCAGUCAAUGCCGCUUUCGUACACUUGAAAGUUUCAGUUUCACUCAUUUUGAGCUACAACCUAUAUGUUUGUUCUCUUGAGUCAAAGUCUUCCACUUUCCUUGCAGAUAUUCCCUGUCCACUGGUGGAGUACAUCACUGAUGCCUCUCUGAAUGCUCCACCUAAAGGUAAAAAAAAACUGCAGAUAGUUCCAGAUAAUGCUACAAGAAUUAAGUAAUUAUGUUAGUGUUUUAAAAGUUUUCUUGUAUUUGUCUGCAAUCUAAAAAGUUGUUUUGUAUGACCCACAGAAAAGGAAGAGAAUGGCAUUAUAUGCAGUGAAACAACACCAUUACCAAUAACCUCACAGGAAGACCAAGGUAAUAAAGCUGUACUUCAGAUUCAAUCAUCAAACAGAACACAGGGACUGUGUCUAUUUCUUAGUAGCUAAUAUAUGGUCCAUCUCCCCUCCUGUGUGUUCAGAUGUGACAGAUGAGAGUCCUGAUGCGGCAGAAAACAAUGGGGGUCUGGUUUCCUUCAAACAAUGAUUCUCCGUGGACUGGCCUCUGUUGGUCAUUAUCAGAAAACCAAAUGUUUGGACAGAUGGUAACUGGAGAGACAGUUUUGCCUUAGUGCAACUUUUACAAUCAGUGUAGAAAAAUGAUAAUAAUAGUUGGAUCAGGAGUGUAAUAAGAUGAAAUAAAGUUCAUGCCUGAGCCUUAUACAAUGACCAUCAUAGGAAAGUUUACACUCAUACUGUCAGGCUCAGCACCAAAUGAUCUAUCUUGUUGCCUUUUGCAAUUCUUUGACUUUAAUGCUAACUUUUGGGGUUCAUUAUGUUUGCGUUACUCUGACAGUUUUUUAGACUGAAAAAAGUUGAGUUUGAAUGGCUUCUGCAUCCUAAUGUUGAGAAGUGGAAAGGCAGGAGCCCUAUUGUUUUUACGAAGAAAUAUCAUGGUACAUUUUACACAUGAAUAUAAAGACGUGUUUUUCAAUUUUUUUUUUUUUUGAUUGCACGAUAUUUGUUUGUAAAGUUGCAACGCAAUUCUUGUUUCAUUUGAACUUUAAAGGUCACAAUUGUGGAGUAAUCCUGAUUGAGGCUGUGUGGGCUGUAAAUACCAGUUUGAUAAGAGUUGACAAGAUAUGACGUUUGACUCGUCAGACUUUAUGUGUCAUAUCCAUGUGUCAAGAUUUCUUUCUGCACUGAAUAUUGCUUUGUUUCAUGAUGCUGAUGAAUGUUGUACAUAUUUUAUUCACAUUUUUAUUGAUAAACCAUCUGUUCAAGGUGAAGUUGGAACGUAGAAGAUUAUUUAUACAAAAAACAUUGAUAUUAGUUAGCUGAUAGUUAGUUUUGAAGUACUGUAUGCACUGUAAAUAUGUGUUUAUAUGAAGAAGAACAUUGAACGUCUGGUUAAUAUUUUAAUUCUUGUUACAAACACCAGAUGUCAGUAGAUAGAAGUUAGUUUCCACCAAAGCUCACUGACCGUUUGCUUCUUGUGUGAUAGCACAGCUACAGAAAUGGUAUUCAAGCAUUUAGUGACUCCUCAUGAAAUUAUCAAAAUAAAAAAUAUAAAAUAAUGA